GAGAUGAGGAGAAGCUGCUGUCUCUUCUCUCCCGUCCUUCCGUCACUAUAAAAAAAAGAGAGAGCCAGACCAGACCAGAGCAACAACCAAAAGAAAGGACAUACACAGGAUAUACAUAUAUACAUAAAAAAAAACCCUACUCUUCUCCAUUCUCCUUUUCAAGGAGGGCAUUUUUCUUCCCUUUCCCCCCCUUUCCUUUUCUGCCCCGAUUUUUUCCUCUGAGAUCCCGGUUUUGUCAAUUACGGCCCCUGAACUUCUCUGGGAUUUCAGGUGAGGCACGCGUGUGUAGUGUGUGGUGCUUCUCCUUUUUUUUCUUACCUAUCAUGGCUCACGCGGCCUCCCAAUUGAAGAAGAAUCGGGGGGAAGUGGAUGUGAAUGCAAUAGAGGACGAGAAGGAGAAGCGGAGGAAGAGCAGGAGAGCACAGUCCCGGGAACAAAAGAGAAAGUCUGACAGUAAUGCCAGUUACCUGCGAGCUGCCCGGGCGGGAAACCUAGAAAAAGUCCUUGACUACCUCAAGUCUGGGGUUGAGAUUAACAUAUGUAAUCAGAAUGGUCUGAAUGCUCUUCAUUUAGCCUCCAAGGAGGGGCAUGUAGAGGUUGUUGCUGAGCUGCUGAAGCUUGGUGCCACUGUGGAUGCAGCCACAAAGAAAGGAAACACUGCUCUGCAUAUAGCCUCGCUGGCUGGCCAAGCGGAAGUCGUCAAGGAGCUGGUCACCAAUGGAGCCAAUGUCAACGCACAAUCUCAGAAUGGCUUCACACCUCUGUACAUGGCAGCCCAGGAGAAUCACCUGGAAGUCGUACGGUUCCUUCUGGAGAACAGUGCCAGCCAGAGUAUGGCCACAGAGGAUGGCUUCACACCUCUGGCGGUGGCCCUCCAGCAGGGCCAUGACCAGGUGGUCUCCUUGCUACUGGAGAACGAUACAAAGGGCAAGGUACGCUUGCCUGCCCUGCACAUCGCCGCCCGCAAGGACGACACCAAGGCCGCGGCCCUGCUACUGCAAAACGACCACAAUGCAGAUGUGGAGUCCAAGAUGAUGGUGAAUAGAACAACAGAGAGUGGUUUCACCCCUCUCCAUAUUGCCGCUCACUACGGAAACAUUAAUGUGGCCACGCUGCUGCUGAACCGAGGGGCUGCCGUGGACUUUAUGGCACGGAAUGACAUCACGCCGCUCCAUGUGGCAUCAAAAAGGGGGAACAGUAAUAUGGUGAAGCUGCUCUUGGACAGAGGGUCCAAAAUCGAUGCAAAGACCAAGGACGGUCUGACACCUCUUCACUGUGGGGCGCGGAGCGGUCACGAGCAGGUGGUAGAAAUCCUUCUAGACCGGGGAGCACCCUUCCUGUCCAAGACCAAGAAUGGCCUGUCACCGCUCCAUAUGGCGACUCAGGGGGACCACCUCAACUGCGUCCAGCUCCUGCUCCAGCAUGACGUGCCUGUGGAUGACGUCACCAACGACUACCUGACGGCGCUGCAUGUCGCUGCGCACUGUGGUCACUACAAGGUGGCAAAGCUCAUCGUGGACAAGAAGGCCAACCCAAACGCUAAGGCCCUGAACGGUUUCACUCCGCUUCACAUUGCCUGCAAGAAAAACAGAGUCAAAGUGAUGGAGCUGUUGCUGAAACACGGGGCUUCGAUACAGGCUGUGACAGAGUCGGGGUUAACGCCCAUCCAUGUGGCAGCGUUUAUGGGGCAUGAGAACAUUGUCAACGCAUUGAUACACCAUGGAGCAUCACCAAACACCACCAAUGUUAGAGGUGAGACGGCUCUCCACAUGGCAGCCAGAGCAGGUCAGGCAGAUGUAGUCCGGUAUCUCCUCAAGAAUGGAGCCAAGGUGGAGACAAAGUCCAAGGAUGACCAGACAGCGUUGCAUAUCUCAAGUCGGCUGGGGAAAGUAGACAUCGUCCAACAGCUGCUGCAGUGCGGUGCCUCUGCCAAUGCUGCCACCACCUCAGGCUACACCCCACUUCACCUGGCUGCCCGUGAAGGACACCAGGAUGUUGCAACCAUGCUGCUGGAAAAUGGAGCAUCACUCUCCUCGUCCACAAAGAAGGGAUUCAGUCCUCUGCAUGUGGCAGCAAAGUAUGGCAAGAUGGAAGUGGCCAGUCUGCUCUUACAGAAGAGAGCUGCACCUGAUGCUGCGGGAAAGAGUGGGCUAACUCCACUGCAUGUAGCCGCUCACUACGAUAAUCAGAGAGUGGCACUGCUGCUGCUGGAUCAGGGAGCUUCCCCACACGCUGCUGCCAAGAAUGGCUACACGCCUCUCCACAUCGCUGCCAAAAAGAACCAAAUGGAAAUUGGGACCACACUACUAGAGUACGGCGCCGACACCAACGCAGUGACGCGGCAGGGCAUCAGCCCCAUUCACCUGGCAGCACAAGAGGGCAGCGUGGACUUAGUUUCGCUUCUGUUGGCCAAAAACGCCAACGUCAAUGUGUGCAAUAAGAGCGGACUUACACCUCUCCACUUAGCAGCUCAGGAGGACAAAGUCAACGUUGCAGAAGUCCUUCUCAACCAUGGGGCGGAUGUAAACCCCCAAACAAAGAUGGGUUACACUCCAUUGCACGUGGCUUGUCACUAUGGCAACGCAAAGAUGGCAAACUUCCUGCUGCAGAACCAUGCCAGAGUCAAUGGCAAAACUAAGAACGGGUACACUCCUCUACACCAAGCAGCUCAACAGGGACACACCCACAUCAUCAACCUGCUGCUUCAGCACGGAGCUUCGGCCAACGAGCUCACCCUGAAUGGGAACACUGCCCUCUCCAUUGCACGUCGUCUUGGGUACAUCUCUGUGGUGGACACUUUGAGGCCCAUGACAGAUGAAAACCUGACCUCCAUGGCUGCAACAGAAAAACACAAAAUCAACGUCCCAGAGACCAUGAACGAGUUCCUCGAUAUGUCGGACGAUGAAGGUGACGAUGCGAUGACCGGGGAUACUGACAAAUACCUUCGGCCUCAGGACCUCAAAGAGCUGGGGGAUGACUCCCUCCCUCAGGAGGGUUACAUGGGUUUCAGCAUCGGAGCCCGCUCAGCCAGCCCUAGAAUCAGCCUCCGCUCCUUCAGUUCGGAUAGGUCCAACACUCUGAACCGGAGCUCCUUUGCGCGCGACAGCAUGAUGAUCGAGGAGAUACUGGCUCCCACAAAGGACACGCUUCAGAGUGUCUGUAAAGACAUUUCCUACUUGGUUGACCCACUGAAUAAGCACUUGGCUGUGACCAGGGAUUACAGUUCAGAGUGUAUGCGGCGCUACAGCUGGACCCCGGACACCAUGGACCACAGCCACAACACUGUGUCCAGCCCCAUUCACUCUGGCUUCUCCUCCCCGCUCCCUCAGUAUGACUCCAGGUUCUUGGUCAGCUUCAUGGUGGAUGCCCGCGGCGGUUCCAUGAGAGGCAGCCGCCACAACGGUAUGCGCAUUAUCAUCCCCCCAAGGAAGUGCACAGCGCCCACGCGUAUCACCUGCCGCUUGGCCAAGAGGCACAAGCUGGCGUAUCCACCUCCCAUGGUGGAAGGAGAGGGACUGGUCAGUCGGCUGGUGGAGGUUGGGCCUGCUGGAGCUCAGUUUCUUGGCCCUGUGAUUGUGGAGAUCCCUCAUUUUGGUUCGAUGCGGGGCAAGGAGAGGGAGCUUAUUGUUUUGAGGAGCGACAAUGGCGACACAUGGAAGGAGCACCAGUCCGACGCCAGAUCAGAGGACCUUGUUGAACUGCUUACUGGGAUGGAUGAAGAACUGGACAGCCCUGCUGAGCUGGAGAAGAAGCGCAUCUGCCGCAUCGUCACCAGAGAUUUUCCUCAGUAUUUUGCUGUAGUGUCACGGAUCAAGCAGGAGUCAAACCACAUGGGCCCUGAUGGAGGCGUGCUGUCCAGCACCACUGUCCCCAUGGUCCAGGCCUCUUUCCCACAGGGGGCGCUCACUAAGAGGAUCCGUGUUGGCCUUCAGGCUCAACCUGUGCCGGAUGAAAUAGCGAGAACAGUCCUUGGUAACAGAGCCACCUUCAGUCCCAUCGUCACUGUAGAACCCAGGAGGAGAAAGUUCCACAAGCCCAUCACCAUGACCAUCCCUGUUCCGCCUAGAUCAGCAGAGGGCCACCCCAGCGGCCACAGAGGCGAAUCUGCACCCUGCCUGCGCCUGCUCUGCAGCAUCACAGGAGGGACGUCCCCUGCCCAAUGGGAAGACAUCACAGGGACAACACCACUGUCCUUUGUGACUGACUGCGUCUCCUUCACCACAAAUGUGUCGGCCAGGUUCUGGCUCGCAGACUGUCACCAGAUUCCUGAGACGGUGAGUCUAGCGUCUCAGUUAUACCGGGAGCUGAUCUGCGUGCCGUACCUGGCCAAGUUUGUGGUGUUCGCCAAGAUGAACGAUGCCAUAGAGGCUCGGCUGCGUUGCUUCUGCAUGACAGAUGACAAGGUUGACAAAACCCUGGAGCAGCAGGAGAACUUUGAGGAAGUGGCUCGGAGCAAAGACAUUGAGGUUCUGGAGGGCAAGCCUAUCCAUAUAGAUUGCUAUGGUAAUCUGUCUCCUUUGACCAAAAGUGGGCAGCAGCUGGUUUUUAACUUCUUCUCCUUCAAGGAAAACAGACUUCCUUUCAAUGUUAAGAUCAGAGACCUGGGACAGGAGCCUUGUGGCCGCCUCUCCUUCCUGAGGGAACCGAAAUCCUCUAAAGGUCUUCCGCAGACUGCCAUAUGCAAUUUGAACAUCACACUGCCAACCCACAAGAAGGAUAUGGAGUCUGAUCCUGAUGAUGAGACUGAAAAGCCAGAACGACGUCAUACCUUUGCCUCCUUAGCUUUGCGUAAGCGCUACAGCUAUUUGACCGACCCAGCAGCGAAAACAACUGAUCGAAGCUCGCAGAGAACACAGCCUUCUGGCUACCCUCACAAACCUGUCUUUUCAACGAGAUCUUAUCAGGCGUGGUCGCCUGUUCCUGUCGCCGUCCCUGGCCAAGCCAAGUCUGGGUUUGGCUCCCUCUCCAGUUCGUCAUCCAACACGCCCUCUGCCUCUCCACUAAAGUCUGUCUGGUCAAUCAAUUCUGCCUCCCCAAUCAAGACCAACAUCCCUGGAUCCCCUGCUUCUUCUGUCAAGUCAGUUAGUGACAUGGCUUCUCCCAUCCGCUCCUACAGAACAAUCUCUUCUCCUAUAAAAACUGUAGUCCAGCAAAACCAGUACCCAGGCCAGGUUACCACCAGCCCCUUGGCCUCACCAGGGAAAAGUACUCCAGACUCUAUAUCUAUGAAAGGACUGGCAGCAUUGUCUGCCAGGACUUCUCCAAUCACUGCAUCUGGAGGAAACGCUCUACUUGAUAGAACAUCUAUAGCUAUGACCCCACCAACCUCUCCUAAAUCCUCUCUAAGUAUGUUCAGCUCACCACUUCCUUACAAGACAGUUAUGGGUGGCUCAAGUGGCACAGCAUCUUCUUCAUCUCCAAUAAAAACAGUCCCAGGUCUUUCAUCUGUUCGAUCCCUUGCAGAAGCAUCAGCUACUGCAAGGAACCUUUUCUCUUCUCUCUCAUCACCACUUAAAUCUAACAGCCCUCCAAGUGCCGCAGCACUGAUCAAUGGAACUGUGUCACCUACCCAGUAUCGUUCCUCAUCUCCAACAUCUCUUCUCACCAGCAGCCUGCAAGAGAGAAUACAGGCAACCACCAAUGCUGCAACAACAAGUGUCAAUGCAGCGUUUGAUGAGGUGGAAAAAACAUUUAAUUCCUGUUCUGCAGGCUAUGGCACAUUGAAGUCAUUAUCCUCCUCUGCGUCGUCCUCAUAUCAGUCUAUUAGAUCAUCAGCUUCUAGUUCACUUUAUCCCUCUUUAAGAUCCCCAUCUAAUGUCACCACUGCUGUGACAUGCAGCACAAUGACUGUUCCAGUGUAUUCUGUUAUUAAUGUGCUGCCAGAGCCCCAGUUUAAAAAGCUACCGGAGGUGUCCAAAUCAGCUGCUGCUCUUCUGUCUCCUCGUAAGACAGUGCCUCCUGAGGUUAAUGCUCAGUUGCACUCCUCCUUCGCAAGAACUCUUUCCCCUGUCAAAUCCCAUCUUUUCUCCCCUGGUUUAAAAUCAGCCACCACGUCACCACUGUCAUCCAGCCAAGAGAUUCUGAAAGAUGUUGCUGAGAUGAAAGAAGACUUGAUACGAAUGUCUGCCAUCUUGCAGACAGACCCAAACUCCACAGCCAAUAAAGGAUUUCAGUCUGAUUCUCCUAGAGAAGCUAAAGUAGAGGAUGAGGAACCAUAUAGGAUUGUGGAGAAAGUGAAACAGGAUUUAGUAAAAGUGAGUGAAAUCCUGACCAAAGAUUCUGUGAAGGAUGGGAAGGUUUCUAUGGCAAGGGGUUCCUUGGAUGACAUUCACUUCUCAAAAGUGCCAGUUGAACAACCUCCAAGCAACUGGAGCUAUCCACCACGAUAUGAGACUGUGGUUCCUCAAGCCAAAUCAAAAACAAUACCAGACAGAGAUUUCAAUCUUUCCAAAGUGGUUGACUACCUGGCCAAUGAUGUUGGUAGUUCCUCUUUCUCCAAAAUGCAUGACACAAAGCAUAAAGUGGAUGAAGGAAAGACUGAAGGAGAGAGCAAGGAAAAGCAGAAACGUGUCCUGAAACCCACUAUAGCAGUCCAAGAGCAUAAGCAAAUGCCUCCAACAAAUAUGCGCUCUUCACCUUCAGAUAAAGAGAUCAGUAAAGUAGCAGAUGCACUUUUUGGUGCAGACACUGUGCUAGAAUCCCCUGAUGACAUUUCACAUGAACAGGAUAAGAGCCCCCUCUCAGACAGUGGUUUUGAGACAAGAAGUGAAAGGACACCAUCUGCCCCCCAGAGUGCAGAGGGCAUGGGUCCCAAGGCCCUUUUUCAAGAUAUACCAAUUCCCCCAGUGAUCACUGAGACAAGGACUGAAGUUGUUCAUGUCAUUAGGAGUUAUGAAUCCCCAGAGGAUAACAAACAACCUGCAAUGGAGGAUGCACACCCUGUCAGAUAUAUUGAUUCUGAUUCUAAAGGGCAUCUAAGUCAAGCUACAUUGACUCCAGAACAGAAUAAAUGCUAUCAGAUGAAAGUCAGCCCUGAGGAGGAUCCAAUGGGAAAGGGGAUGAGAGUAAAGGAGGAGACUCACAUCACUACCACUACCAGGAUGGUUUACCACAAACCACCUGGAAAAGAAACUGCAUCAGAGAGAUGUGAAGAAACUAUGUCUGUCCAUGAUAUAAUGAAGGCUUUUCAAUCAGGCAAAGACCCAUCUAGAGAGUUGGCUGGACUGUUUGAACACAAGUCUGGCAGUGAAGAACCAUCACAAAGAGUCCUUGAGGACAUCAACUCCAAACCUAAGGUAGAAAGAAUAAUUGAGGUUCACAUUGAAAAAGGCAAUAAAACAGAACCAACAGAGGUCAUCAUCAGAGAAACAAAAAACCAUGCAGAAAAAGAAAUGUAUUACUACCCAGGAAAUAGACAGGAAGAGGAGGAACCUGAGGAAUCACUUCCAGUGUACCUUGACUCCUCCAGAGUAAAUACACCCAUGUCACAAGAGGAGGACAGUCGCCCUAGUUCAGCACAGCUAAUGGCAGAUGACUCUUACAAAACUCUAAAGUUACUUAGUCAACAGUCUGUGGAGUAUAAUGAGGAUGAAUCAUCAGAGCUCAGGGGGGAAUCUUACAAUUUCGCUGAAAAAAUGCUACUCUCUGAGAAAUUUGAUCAGUCUCAUUCUGACACAGAGGAAUAUUUGAGAGAUAGGUCUCGAUUCCACUCACCAGACAGAAGCAGUCACAGUGAGGGCAGGGUAGGGCCAAGGACUGAGUAUGUCUUCAGGUCAUCAAGAAACGUAUUUGACAAAUCUGGAAGAAAAACUAAUGUAGAUGAUAACUAUGAUAAACUUACACUUUUGCAGUAUUCUUCUGAACCCGGUAGCCCAAAGCAGUCUGUCUGGAUGCGUGUGCCAGAUGACACACAGCAAAACAGAGAACAGCUUAUGUAUGAGGACAGAGUGGACAGGACUGUAAAGGAGGCAGAGGAAAAACUUAGUGAGGUAUCUCAGUUUUUUCGUGACAAAACUGAACAACUGAAUGAUGAGUUGUCAUCUCCAGAGAAAAAAUCCCGCAGACCAGACUUCAGGGAAACACGAUCAGGGCCUAGUUCCACGCACAGCAGUCCCGAGAGGCCAGCAUAUAGGGGUGUAGGUAGUGGGGAAGAAUGGAGUAGAGAACGGCUGAGAGACAGGUUUGCGUCCAGUGACAGAAAAUGUACCAGUUUGCCCAGCAGCCCAGAGAGGAGAGUAUUGCUUCAGUAUAAUGAUUCAGAUCCAAGAAAACAAGGGGAAGUUAAACAACAGGGAAGCACAGGGGAAAGUUCCAAACCUUAUCAAAUGUCUUCCUCUAAAGUUAGCGCAGUUAGGCUAAAGUUUGAACAAGAAGCUCAAAGACAAGACAGAAGUUCUCAGGGAAGUCAAAAUUCUAAUUCUCCAAUUAGGAAACUCCAGGAGAGUAAGCUGCCUGUGUAUCAGGUUUUUGCUGGCUCAAAUAUUCCUAAAAUGCCAGACAGUCCAGCAAGUCAGAGAAGAGGACUAGAUGGUGAAUCAAAUAAGUUCUCUCCCAAACAUGAAGCUAGUGGAAAGGAACAGGAAGACAAGAAGCUUUUCAAAACAUGGGAGAACCAAGGGUAUGGGAAUUAUAAACCCCAAUCACCCAAACUGUCUCACGCCUUAGUUCAUGAUACUAUGAAAGAUGGAAAUAAUAGUGAUUCCCAAAGACAAGAAACCACAAAGAAAAUAAUCUACACAGAAUUUGUUGUAAGAGAAAGUCCAAGUAGUAAUGACGGUCUAAAAAAAAACUCGGAAUCACAAAUUCCUGUAAGAAAGUUGUCUAAUUUCUCAGAAAAACACCAGUCUACCCCAACAAAAUUUGAUCCCCCUGUUGAACCAUGUGAGAGGACAGGUUCUCAUAUUCCUACUUUAGCUAGAAAUCGGUUAAACAGUAGCUCUGAAUCCAACAAGUCUGGUCGAGGAUCAUCAGUAGGAAAAUCCAUAGAUUCCUUAGAUGGUAGUCAGACAAAUGUUGUGUGCAAUGGUGUUGAUACUGACCAGGUGGAGUAUUUGGAUAAAGUAACUCCUGUGGUGGUCACAGAGGGUUUCAAAGACAUUAAACCCUUACCUGUAUAUGUUAGCAUCCAAGUGGGUAAGCAGUAUGAGAAAGAAACUGCAACAGGGCAGCUGGGAACAUACAAAAAGAUAGUAAGCCAUGAGAGUAGGACAGUGCAUGAAACUAGGGGUGCAUUUUACAGUGUCAAACAAAAGCAGUCUCCAUCUCCUCAGGGUAGUCCAGAAGAUGACACUCUGGAACAAGUGACGUUCAUGGACAGCUCUGGAAAGAGUCCUGUUACUCCUGAGACCCCCAGCUCAGAGGAAGUGAGCCUGACCUCGAGAACACCAGACUCUGUGAUAGGCUUCAUGCCUGGCAUGCCAAGCCCUAUCCCAGAGGAGUCUGAGGAGGACGAAGGGAAGACCUUCAUCUACAGGGAACCUGCAAAGGACAAAUGUAAACCAACUUCUGCAGAGAAUUCCAGCAAGAAACAGGAUGCAGAAAGGCCAAAGUCAAAAGAAAAAAGAGUGGCUUAUAUAGAGUUUCCUCCUCCUCCUCCAUUGGAGGCAGAGCAGUCUGAUCCUGAGAAAAAAGGAUCUUGUGGUUCCUCUGAGGCAGAGACAGAAAUGAUGGAGGUAAAUCUCCAGGAAGAGCAUGAUAGGCACCUCCUAGCCGAGCCAAUCAUCAGGGUCCAGCCCCCAUCCCCUAUUCCCCCUGGAGCUGAUAAUAGUGACUCUAGUGACGAUGAGUCUGUCUUCCAUCCCAUCCCCGUCAAAAGGUACACCUUUAAAAUGAAAGAGGAGGGAGAGAAACGUACAAAACACAAAAGAUCAGACAAAAAUGGAAAUAAGGAAUCUGGAAUUAAUGGUGUGAUUAAAGGGGAGGAAGCUGAUCUUGAACAAAAUGGCAAUGAUCAGUCUAUCACUGACUGCUCCAUAGCAACCACUGCUGAGUUCUCACAUGACACAGAUGCAACAGAGAUAGACUCUUUAGAUGGAUAUGAUCUUCAGGAUGAGGAUGAUGGACUCAGCGAGGAUCCAAAAACAUCUAGUCUGUCUAAUGAUGGAAAAACAACCGAUCGUUCAUUUAGUCAGUCUAAGCUUGAAGUGAUAGAGGAAGAAAAAUGUGAGGAAGGAGGAGAUGAUGGAAAGGCAAAGACCAGCACAUCUGCAGCAAAAGGUGGCGGGGAUGAAAAAGACUAUACUCUUGAAGGAAGGCAUCCAGAUAGACAGGGCUUUGGAGAAAACUACUUUGGAUACCAGCUGGAAGAGGAGCUGAAUUCAACCUUUAAAACUGUUGCCACAAAAGGUCUGGACUUUGACCCCUGGUCAACCAAAGGGAGUGAUAAUGACGGAAUUUUUGAGUCCAAAAUGAAAGAUGAAGAUCCAAAGCCCUUUGGUUUAUCAGUGGAAGACAAGUCACAGGCCACAACACCUGACACAACCCCUGCUCGAACACCGACUGAUGAGAGCACACCGACUAGUGAGCCUAACCCAUUCCCUUUCCAUGAAGGGAAGAUGUUUGAGAUGACCCGCAGUGGUGCUAUUGACAUGAGCAAGCGGGACUUUGUUGAAGAGAGGCUUCAGUUUUUCCAGAUUGGUGAGCAUUCCUCUGACCCUAAAACAGGGGAAAAAGGGAGAGGGGGCAAGAUCCUGGGGGUAAUUUCCUCUCAGACAAAAACAGGGGAAAGGGCCACAGUAGAUGGGAUGGUGAAGGUUAUAGAUACUACUACAGACAACAGCACUACACCAACAACACCAGCAGCAACAGCAAAAUGCAGCCCUGCACAGUCUGGCAAUGGCACUGGUUUUACCGGUACUGAUGCCCCCACCUGUGAAGCCAUAGCCGAGACCGCCUCCUCAUGUACAAUCACAGCCUCCAAAGUUGAUCCCAAAUUACGCACUCCUAUUAAGAUGGGCAUAGCUGCCUCCAUAACUGUGAAAAAAGACUCAGGGGAUCUCACUGAUUGUAAAGCUGAGAUGUCAGAGGGACAGAUGGUGCCAGAGUACAUCAGCAUAGAAGGUCAGUGUACAGAAGGCCAAUCUAGCAGAUUCACAGAGCCCAAGGUAGAGAGGAGAGAUUACCCUUCUGAAAACUGCAACAACAACAAUAAUCUUGAGUCCUCCAGUGUUCAGGCCAACUACAUUCAGUGUGGCAGUGUGGUGUUUAAUUUACAGUCCUCCUCUGAGCCCACUCUUCAAAAAGCCAGCAGGAUAGAAACACUCUGCUGUAGGGAUUUAGAAGAAAAAGCACACAGUAGUAAUCAAGGACAGGAACAAAAGGGUGAGGCAGCUAAAGAAAGUGAAUUAAAGCAGCCCAAGUCCAGACUUCCAGUAAAAGCAUCAGGGUGGUCAUUUCAUACACAGGGAACAGCCAUAGGCAGACAGAAGCCCAAACAAGCAGUAAAAGUGGAGGUGAGGAAAAGAGGAGAGCCUGCCAUAGCCAAAGUAGAACCCAGAUCUAGAAUACCCAUCAAGGAUGUUAAAAAGAGCAGCCCUGCUGCCACACCUAGCCCACUUGUUUCAGUUCGAGUCACUUCACAGCCAACAAAAGCACUGGACACAGAGAGAACAGCUAUACAGUUGCCCUCAAGACUACCCCUGAAGGAAAGGCAUCAGGUCAGCAAUGUCACAGGUGAAGGAGUACAUAGAAAGGACAGGCAGGAAAACCCUAGUGAGGUUUGUAAGCGCACCAUCGAAUACUUUAAAGGCAUUAGCGGGGAGACGCUAAAGUUGGUGGACCGCCUGUCAGACGAGGAGAAAAAGACGCAGACAGAGCAGUCGGAGGAAGACAGCACCUCCCGGAGCACCUCUCUGUCGGACGCCUCCCAGCCUUCCCAGCCCUCCCAGCCCUCCCGCUCAUCCAGGUCUGGUAGAGGUUCGAGGGCUGAGGCCGGGGCCGCGUCCGUAAGGGCAAAGGUGGCGACGACGGACAGGGCCUCCGGCAGUGAGAGGAGCAGGAGGAGUAGGCGGACUGGUGGGAAGGAGGGCAGUCAGGGACUCACAGGGUCUCGAACGCCUCCCAUCGCGGAGAUCAAGCCUAGUCCCCAAAGUCCUUGUGAGAGGACAGACUUGCGCAUGGCUAUCGUUGCUGAUCACCUGGGACUCAGUUGGACAGAGCUGGCUCGGGAGAUGAACUUCACAGUGGAUGAGAUCAACCACAUCAGACUAGAAAACCCCAACUCUCUGACAGCACAGAGUUUCAUGCUACUAAAGAAGUGGGUCAGCCGGGAAGGGAAAAAUGCCACAACGGAUGCCUUAACUGCAGUGCUGACCAAAGUCAAUCGGAUGGAUAUUGUGACUUUACUGGAGGGCCCGAUAUUUGACUAUGGUAACAUUUCAGGCACGAGAUGUUUUGCCGAUGAUAACGCUGUUUUCCGGGAUCAGGCUGAUGAUUAUCAGAGCAUUCUAGCGGAGCUGCAGUCCCCCGCCGCACUGCACUCUAACCCCAACUUCCUGGAGCCCGAACUCCCCGUCACCCCCAACCCUUCCCUUGCCCAUUCUCCACACCAUGAUUACCCAGAAUCAGACACCCCUUCUUUGCUGGCUGACUCCCAGCCCCUGCCCUGGAGCCCAGAGACAGAGCCUGGCAGUAGAGAGCCAGAUAGCCCCCCUAGGAGCCCCCCAAGACCUUGUGAGCUUGCCCUGUCCGUCCCAGUCUUUGUACUCCCAGAUCCCCUUCCUUCAAUGGUCAGAAAGCCCCACAUUGCUCUGAAUGACCAACUUCUUUUGAGCGAGGAUGAGGACAAGUCUUGUCACGAAACAGAGCAAAACCACAAACCUAAGGUGCACCUAACCUCUGCGAUGUGUGAGCUAGACAUUGAUAUGGCUUAUUCCACAUCUUCCCCUUCACCAUCAUCUGUUUCAUCAAUUACUCCAUCAACACCUGACAGAGCACAUAUCGGAGAUGGAUUACUACUGAGUGGUUCUCCCCAAGGGAUACAGGAGGAUGUAUGUUUGAAAGGAGGUGAAAAGGAAGUGAUAGAAGAAAUAGAGAAGGUUGUCGAGAUUGCUAACACAGAUUUCACAGAGGGAAAUAUAGUCGUGGAGAAGUGGGUUGAGCAAGACUUGAUUGAAAAUGUCAAAAGGAAAUGUGAAAUUGUAAUACAAGAUAGGUUACUGUUGGCUGGUGAAAUGAAUAUUUUGUUAGAACAGAGGGAGGAAUGGGAAAAGGAUGAAAGAGAUUUGCCAAAGGAGGAGCCUGUUCUUGAGGAAGGAACAGCCUGUGAAGUUGAAGAGGUAAGAGAUGUGCAGAAACUGUCAGAGGAGCAACUUAAUUUGAUAGAAACUGAGCAUGAAGUGGAAAAAUGUAGUCCCACUUUAGAAGAAGAAACUGUAAAAGAGGGUGCUGAUGAAACAAUUGGAGCAGAACAAGAGGUAGAUUGGGGCAAUGAGGAAAUAGUGCGUCAGGAAGAAAGAAUAGAGGACACAGAUGGUGAAUCUCAGUUCAAGGAUGAAGGAGGUCCCCUGGAAAAUGAAAGGGGGAUUGACAUGAAGUCAGAGGGUGACCAGGCAGCCGAGGAUCAGGCUGUGUUUGACGUCUCGCCUCAGGCCUGGGUUGCUGCACUUGAGGAACGUCAGCCUAAAUCUGAAUCUGGAUCUAAUGAGGAAGACGAGGAUGGUAAAAGCAGCAAGGAAAUCACAGAGGAAGCAUUGGAGGAGGUGAAGAAGGAAGAAGGCUCAGAGAAGGAGGAGGAGGAGGACGAAGAGACAAGCGACAAGGCCAGGGUUCAGAAGAGUCUCGAUCAGGUUGAACAAGCAGAAAAAGACUUGUGUUCACUUUCAGGUUGGCACAGUGACUCAUCAAGCGUCAAUGUGGAACCACCAACGCCAGGCCGCAGUGUCAGCUCAGAUUUGCUUGACAGACGGGAAAGCCAAGAGAACUCCAGUGAAUCCAUUACUUCCUCAUCCAGGGGUGAAUCAGGGAGGUCUCGACAGAACGGCGACAACUCAAAGCACUCACCUCAGGACGCCUCAUCAGAGUCUUCAAAUGGCAAGAAGGAAGAAGGGGCUUUGGUUUCUGAGAAGAAAGUUCAGCAGGAAGGAACCAGGAAUAGCAGAAGAAAGGAGGACAGAAGGUCAGGGGAUAAGAAGCAUCACUCAUAGCCAGAUUAAUGUUUCCGGGAAUAAGGUUCCAGUGUGAGGACUUCAGGCAAGGGUCCAAUCUGCUACUAUCCACUUCCUACUAAAGGUUCUCACGUGAGAGGAGUCGACCCUUAUGACUUAAGCAUGAGCAUGAAAAACUCACUCCCUGUCAAUAAAAGGACACGGGGAGGUUCUCACUCUCUGACUGUGGACCCGUGGACAAUGAUUCUGCUUCCUGUUUUGUGUGAAACAACACGUGCCAUCGGUCCACUGCUGUCGGGAGAGCUUUCGAGGAGCAUCGUUUGUUGUGAUGACUUCAGAGACUCCAUUACUGACCUACCACACAGGUGCAACUGUGACCAAAGAUGGCACAAGAGCUUGAUCCACAUGUUGAGUGGAAAGAAUGAAGUAGACACAAUAACACAAGAAAAAAAUCUAAUGGAACACUUCUGAUCCAACUUCAACACUCGCCUUAUAGUUUUUUCUUGAACCCAUUGUUGUCAGGAUGUAAAUUGUUUUGGGAUUUUAUUUCUUCCUUUUUAAACUUAAACUAACACAAAAACUUUUUUCUGUAUAUAAAAUUACAAUGUGUAAAGUUCCUGGUUGAGAUUGCACUGAGAAGAGUAACCUUUUAAGUGCUUUCAAACUUUAUGAAAAAGGUUCCACUUUUAAAAGAUUUGAGUGUAACUUCACAGGUUCUUGUAUAAUUAAUUAUUAGAGCAGGUAUAAUGUUUGUACAUGAAAAAAGCUGGUUUGAUUUUAACAGAGGAAAUUUCCAGAAAAUCAAAUUUCAAUAAUUCCCAAAAUGGGAAUGGUUCUAAUCCUGCAAAAGCAGCCUUUCAGAGUACUCAUAUUUUCAUGCAUGCGGUUCACAUUAUUUUAAGUACAAUUUUUACAAGUUUGCAAACACUGUAUUCAAAUGACAAAUAAAACCCUUUAUCUGUGUACACAUAUAGCCCUAACAUUUGUCACCAGUUUUAUAUAUUACAUUGAAAAAGGUACCAUAAAGCAUUUAUCAUGUUUGGGGUGAGGAAGCAGUGUGAAAAAAGGUUUUGCUUCUCGAGUGGGUUAUGUCUCGUCUGUCUAUGUAAACAGGAGGGCGGCAUCUGCUACAAGAACGAAAUAAUCUGAAUGUAAAUGCUAGUAGACUGGCUCGCUGUAAAAUUAUACCUGUAUUGUGCGUAUUGGCUAUAAGGUGUAGGAGUCUCUGUACACUGUUAGACUGUUUGUAAUCAUUUAAGCGGUGUGUCGAUUUGGUUUUCUAACGGCUGCUGUGGUAUUAAAGGAAAACUUGGGGCAUUUCAUUUUGGAUUUUUUGGUGAGCUAUUUCCUUAAUUUAAAUCCUACUCACAUUAAGGACACAUAAAGUCAUUAUUUGAUUGUAGCUCUAAAUAGCAUAUUGUAUGACAAAAACACUGGAUGGUCAAAAACAAUAAUUUAAGCAUUAAAUAAAUUGUGUUUUACUCUGAAACUGUGUGAUCUUUUUAGGCUUGAGAGUCUGUAUAUGCAGUGUCGAAUAGACUUGUUUUCACUAGCUCAUUGGCAAAAAUGACUUUACAUGACAUUAGGAUUUAUCUUUGUAUUGGUUUUCAUUAGAUGCCCAUGUAGUUCAAGUGUGGUGUUCUACUGGUGCGAUGGCUCAGUAUGCUGAUGUCUAUGCUGUGGACAUGAAAACUAUGUAAGAAAUCUCUUUUUUUUUUUGUUUUCUUUUUUUUGGGGGGUUGGGGUUAAAGAAGCCAGGAAGGAUGUUGUACCACAUCCCCAUAUACUACUAUGUCAAUCAGGGGGUAGAGGAUCCUUUGAUAUUCUUGAAUUAUCAAUUUUGUCAAUUUUGUUUGAUAUGUGUUUUCACCUGAGCAGAUUUUUGAUGUACAAUUCUUACUAACAGAGUGAAGCCAUUGAAAUGUAACUAUUCUAGCACUUUGGUUAUUCAAGGUCUUUUAGAGGCUAUAGCAGCAAUGAUGCCACCACAAAUGUUUCAGACAUCUUUAAAAAAAAAUCAACUUAAAAUUAAAAAAAAAAAAUAAAUAAAUAAAAAUGCAUUGGUUUC